AUGACAAAUUACUAUGUUGCAGGUGACCUACUGGGCUCCGCGUUGCAGAAUUUGAACAAGUUGCUUCAGAUGCCAUAUGGGUGUGGGGAACAGAACAUGUUAACCACUUCUACGAUAGUAUAUGUUUUACAAUAUCUGGAGGCCACAGGUCAGUUGACCCCUGAAUUGAGAUCACAAGCUUCGAGCUACCUUCAGAUCGGGUACCAAAAAGAACUACACUAUAAACAUUAUGAUGGAUCAUUUAGUGCAUUUGGAGAGCAUGACGGUGUGGGCAGUACUUGGCUUACAGCUUUUGUAGCGAAGUGUUUUUCCCAAGGAAAACGUUACAUAUUUAUUGAUGAAGAUGUAAUCAAUAAGGCUGUGACAUGGCUUGGAUAUCUUCAGCAGAAUGAUGGAUGUUUUAGGAGCGUAGGGAAAGUUCUGAACACACUUAUGAAGGGAGGUGUAGAGGAUGAUGUGUCUCUAUCUGCAUAUAUCACUACUGCACUACUAGAAAUGGGAAUUCCUCAAAAUAACACUAUCCUGGCCAAUGCGUUAAAAUGCGUACGAAAGAAAGUCCCUAAUCUGACAAAUCCUUACACUCAAGCCCUGCUGACGUAUGCUUUUUCACUUGCCAAUGAUCUAACAAACAAGGCAAUUCUUCUGAAGAAGCUGUAUCAAGUGGCAAACACGUCAGAUGACGAGACACACUGGGAGUACAAACUACAGUCUUCAGGAUCAAGAGGUGGAGCGUCAGCCACUGUGGAGUUAAGCUCUUAUAUUCUGCUGGCUUUGGUCUCAGGUUCUGAUGUGACUACAGAAGAUAUUGAGAAAGCAUCACGCAUUGUGCGGUGGUUAAUCAAACAGCAAAACUCUAAUGGUGGCUUCUCAUCCACACAGGAUACAGUUGUGGCCAUUCAGGCACUGGCCAGAUACUUAAAAGUCACAUUUAGGGACCAAAUGAAUGUGCUGGUGAAUGUGUCGGAUAAGAAAGGAUUUCAAAAACAGUUCCAAGUGAAUUCACAGAACCGUCUUUUACAGCAGAGUGAGACUUUGCCACAUGUACCCGGAGAGUAUUCUUUAAUUGUCAAGGGCUACGGUUGCGUCUACAUUCAGAGUGUCCUGAAAUACAACGUGUAUCCAAAAAUCAGUCGUUUAUCUUUUGAUCUUGAAGUCUUGGUUUAUCACUCACAGUGCAACAGUCAGGGUCUAGAGCAAUUACAGAUGUUUAUAUCAGUCAGUUACACUGGAAGUCGAAGUUCCUCUAAUAUGGUUCUUAUAGAAGUGGAAAUGCUGUCAGGAUUCAGCCCUGGCGAGGAUACAGCUGCAGUGGUAAAUGGAACCAUCACAUCCUAG